AUGUCCCUGUCUUCAGUACUCCUUCUCGUUCUCCUGAAUGUGGUAACAGUGUCUUACUCUGCAACAGAAGAGGAUGAAAACACCCCACAGACCUGCCCUGCGAUGGCCUGUGGCUGUCCAGGCCUCAAUGGCUUUCCAGGCAAAGAUGGCCGUGAUGGUGCUAAGGGAGAGAAGGGUGAACCAGGUGAAGGUCCCAGAGGCCCACAGGGCCCUCCAGGAAAGUUGGGGCCUUCAGGAAUUCAAGGGCUCCCUGGAUUGGCAGGAUCAAAGGGCCAAAAAGGGGACCCUGGAAUAUAUCAAGAUUGUGCUCCAUCAUCGCUUGCUUCAGAAGUACAAGCUCUACGUAAAGAAUUGGACCAAAUCAAAAAGUGGCUAUUCUUCUCUUUGGGCAAAAGAGAGGGGAAGAAGUUCUUCUUGAACUAUGGUGAAAAGAAGAAUUUUGACAGAGUGAAAGCUUUGUGCACCCAGUUUGGAGCCUCUGUGGCCACCCCCAAGAAUGAGGCAGAGAAUAAAGCAAUCCUGAAAGCAACCAAAGGAGAUUCCUUCUUGGGCAUCACAGACGAGAGGACUGAAGGCACAUUUGAGGAUCUGGCAGGGAAUAUUCAGACUUAUCAAAAUUGGAAUAGUAAAGAACCCAACAAUGCUGAUUCUGGAGAAAACUGUGUGAUACUCUUGAAUAAUGGCAAGUGGAAUGACAUCUCCUGCUCCAGUUCUGCGUAUGCAGUCUGUGAGUUCCCUGUUUGA